AUGUCAAAUGCACCUCUUCUCGCCUCUGCUCUAAGUGCAGUGACCAGUUAUACCGUUGUGUCCCAUGACGAGUAUUUGAGAAGAAAAGAUGAUCUUUCUUUAUUGUUUCAACAGUUAAAUUCAGAUGCUCUUCAUCAAUCUCAUUUAGUAGGUGGAAUAGUGGCAACUGAUGAGAACGAUUUGGUUGAAGUUGAAAAAUUUGAUGAUGAUGAAAAUACUGGAAAUCCAAUGCAAAUUUUUGUCAAAACCUUGACUGGUAAAACUUUAAUCGUCGAUGUCACUUCGAAAACUACAAUUAACAAACUCAAGCAUAAAGUCCAGAAAUUGGAUAAUAUUCCAGUAGAUCAGCAACGUAUUAUUUUUGCAGGAAAACAACUUGAAGACUCACGCCAUCUCGUUGACUAUAACAUUACUCGUGAUGCUACAAUUCAUCUUGUUCUUCGUCUUCGUGGUGGUGGUGGUAAAAUGAAUUAUUAUCUUAGUCCAGAAAAUCUUGAUCCCGGUUAUGAUUUCGAUUUUACAAAUGUUGUUGAUACAGGAGUUACCUUUAUGAGAGGAGAAUUUGAGUAUCGUCGCCCUUGUGGUUGGAAACGAAUUGCAUUAAAAGUACUUAAUAAAUAUGGAAAUGAUAAUAAAUGGCUUGGAAGUCCAAGCCCUCACUUCCGUUAUGUAUCAGAUCCUAAUGAAUGGCCAGUUUCUUAUCAUGGAACUAGUAAAUAUAAAGGAAAAAGUAUGGCAGAUGAUGGAUUAAUUUUCAGUAAAGAUCAGGAUGUGAAAUUCCCUUACUCUCAAGGAAUCUAUAGUACUCCUGAUAUCGAUUUAGCUUCACUUUACGCUGAAACAUUUACAUAUAACGAUACUAAAUAUAAAGUCGUUUUCCAAAAUCGCGUAAACCCAGAAACUUUGUCUAUUCUCAAUACUUGCGGUGGAAACUAUUGGAUUAACCCGAGAGGAUGCGAUAUACGUCCUUAUGGAAUUUUGUAA